AUGAAUACAGCCAUGACGGCAAAUAAUUCGGCACCUGAUGCCAUAUUGCCGGUCGCUGAAGAAUCUCCAAAUCCUCAGUCGUCGGCCGGCAAACAGGUUGCUCAGUUCCUUGACAGCGUAAAUAAUGGCGACGACAAUCGCAACUUCACGUUUGAAGAGGAAAAGCAGGUUCUACGACGCAUCGACAUGCGUGUCUUGCCCCUAUUACUAGGCGCUUACUUCUUUCAGCAGCUUGAUAAAUCGUGUCUCUCUUACGUAUCGAUAUUUGGACUAGUCGAGGACACGCAUCUUGUUGGCCAGCAGUAUUCGUGGCUGGGUUCGAUCCUAUAUCUUUCCCAGCUUGUGAUGCAGCCCUUGGCCGCGGUUUUGCUUGUAAAAGCACCCACAGGGAAGGUCAUUGGCACAGCUGUCUUUCUAUGGGGAAGCGCUCUCACGAUCACAGCUGCGUGUACGGAGUUCAAAAGCUUACUUGCAAUGCGUUUUAUUCUUGGGGCUUUUGAAUCUAUGAUUGCACCCUCUUGCAUCGCUGUAACACAAAUGUGGUGGCGGCGGAGCGAACAAACACUACGUGCAGCACUAUGGAACGGUAUGAAUGGUCUCACGUUUAUCAUUGGAAGCCUGUUCACAUAUGGCCUUGGCCAUAUACAGAGUGAUACUCUGUAUUCGUAUCAAACAAUAUUUAUGUUUUGCGGGCUAUUGACAAUUGUAUAUUCCGCAUUCGUCUUGUUAUUGAUGCCUGAUUCUCCAAUGGAGGCAAAAUGCCUGAGUGAUCGAGAGAAGUUUAUUGCUGUUCAACGUUUACGCGCUAACCAGAUGGGAAUUGUAUCGAGACAAUGGCGCUGGGAUCACGUAUGGGAAACCUUUUACGACUUGAAGACUUGGAGCUGGUUUUUUCUCAUCAUUGCCAUCUCAAUCCCGAGUGGCGGUAUCAGCAGCUUUGGUAGCCUCAUUGUCAAAUCAUUUGGCUAUACCAGCUUUCAAUCAAUCCUGUUUAAUCUUCCAUUCGGGGCAAUUCAGAUAGUUGCAAUAAUUGGAGGCGGGUGGGUGGCCACCCGUUUCAAGACAAAAGGGCUGGUGAUUGUAUUUUUCGCGAUUCUUGCGGCAAUCGGUACAAUCAUCAUGCUUGUCACUCCACGAGACAACAAGGGCGUCCUUUUGUUCGGCUACUACCUGGUAUCCACUAUGGCUGCGAUUACGCCGUUAAUUUACACAUGGGAGGCACAAAAUACGGCUGGUGAUACCAAGAGGAAGUGUACAUCAGCGGUUGUCCUUGUAGGAAUGUGUACCGGAAAUGUUAUUGGCCCCCAGCUAUACUCUCCUUCGCAGGCUCCAGAGUAUCGACCAGGUUUGAUUGCUAACUUGAUUAUGUUUGUUGUGGUGGCAAUUUUUGCAAUUCUCAUGGAUCUCUAUCUAGUCUUUCUCAAUAAGAAACACUCCCGACAAAGAGAAGCACUCGGCAAAUCGGCAGUCGUCGUUGAUGAGUCAAUGAUGACAAAAAAUAAGAUUGAGCCGAAUAAAGCCGUCGAGCUAGAGGAUGUCAAUGAGAUCCGCGAUCAGAAUGUGACCGACAAUGGGUUUUCAGACAUGACAGAUCUCCAGAAUGAGGACUUCGUCUAUGUUUAUUAG